CUACCGAAACUUGUUGCAUUUGAUUUGGACUAUACAGUUUGGCCAACUUGGGUUGAUACAAGUGUAGAUGGUCCAUUGAAAAGACGAGGAGAAGAUAUAAACAAAGUGUAUGAUCGAUCUGGAUCACCUUUAUCACUUUAUCCUCAUGUUCCUGCGAUUUUGUUCUUUUUGCAAAGUAAGCAAAUCACAGUUGCAGCUGCUUCACGUACUUGUGCACCAACAAUAGCACGACAGGCGCUUAACAAUCUGCUGAUCGUCGAUGAUGGAGUAAGAAGACUAACGUUCACACCAAUUCCAACGAUGAAACUGUUUGAUCAAUUAGAAAUUUAUCCUGGAUCAAAAAUAACACAUUUUCGUAAAAUAAACGAAAAGACUGGAAUCCCAUUUGAGGAUAUGAUCUUCUUUGAUGAUGAACAUAGGAAUGCAGAAGUUUCAACGAAACUUGGCGUUCACUUUGAAUUGGUCGGUCAUCAAGGAACAGAUCUAGCAACAUUUGAGAAUGCUAUAAGACAGUGGCGUGCCAAGAAG